AUGAUAGUGGUACUCGGAGCACAUAACACCAGCAAAGAAKAGAAAAGUCAGCAAAAAAUCAAAGUGAAAAAGUACCACUUGCAUCCAAAAUACACUGGAGGGUAUGACUUUGAUGCAAUGUUACUUGAGCUGAAGAAUAAGUCCAAACUGAAUAAGUAUGUGAAGCCAAUGGGACUACCUGAGGAAGAUGAAAAACUCCCUGCUAAUACUAACUGUGCUGUCGCCGGCUGGGGCCAAACUGGACCAGAAAACUCAGCUUCAGACCUUCUGAGGGAGGUCACAGAGAAGCUGCAAUUUAGCUUCGAGUGCAAACAUAUUUGGAAAGAAUAUUUUAAUUUUCAACAUAUGGUUUGUACAAAGUUUGACAGAAAGAAUGGAGCAGUAUGCCAGGGGGAUUCCGGUGGGCCGCUUCUCUGCAACGCCAAACUUCAAGGCAUAACUGCUUUUACAGGAGAUAAAGGCUGUGAUAAUCCAAAAUAUCCCCAUGUCUUCACUAAAGUUCAUGUUUUUUCUUCCUUGGAUUAAAAAAGUGAUUGGAAAAAAGACUGUAACUUAGAAAAUGUCUAAAUGGCAGUGUCUACAAUAAAAAAAUUGAUUUCA